AUGACUACAAGCGACUUUGUUUUAAAUGAGAGUGAUAGUGAAAUUGAUUCUGAUGAGGAGUUACAAGAAGCAUUCGCAAAGGGAUUAUUGAAACCAGGACUUAAUGAAGAAAUUGAAAAGGUAGAAAAACGAUAUGCGAAUAACGUAGCAGACUUAAAAACUAAACUUAAGGAAUUUCAGCUGAAAUUACCAUGGGUUGAGACUUUAGAUUUGGUUACAACUGUUGCUCCAAUGGCCCCUGAUGUGGCACUACAAAUUCAACAGACAGCAAUACGUCGAAAAAACCUUCAAGAGAACAGUAAAGGUAAACAAGUGUAUGACCCAACCAAUGAUCCAGUUUUGAAUGAAUUUAAGCGUGAGAAUCUUAUACAUCGUCAAGCCCAAUCUGCUGUGUUGGAUGGCAUUAAACGAUUAAAGGAUCUUAACAUAUCUACUAGAAGGCCUGAUGACUUUUUUGCUGAGAUGGCAAAAACAGAUGAGCACAUGCAGAAGGUUAGAAAGAACCUCAUGGCUAAACAGGCGGCACAAUCGAGAGUAGAGAAAGUGCGACAACUAAGAGAUCAGAAAAAAAUGGCUAAAAGAGUACAGAUUGAUACUAAACUAAAGCAAGCAGCAGAUAAAAAGCAAAUGUUGGAACAAUUAAAACGCGUCAGAAAGGGCAAGUCAACUGAUUUAGACUUCUUAGAUGACAAUAAAGGAAAAGGAAACAAAGGCAAUGUUAAAAACAAAGUUAAUAAGAGAAGAGCAAUGAAAGACGAUAAGUUUGGUUUUGGUGGAAAGAAGAAGGGUUCAAAAUUAAAUACCCGAGAAUCCUCAAGCCAAAUGGAUGGUUUUAAUAGUUCUGCCAAGAAAAAACCAUUCAAUUUUAAAUCUAAACAAUUUACUCCUAAUAACAAGAAGAAGAAUCAGAGGCCUGGUAAAUCUAAGAGGAAGAAUGCCAAGAGAUAA